AAAGAAGGAAAUCAUAAAGCGACUUUAAGCGAUUAUUAAGAACAUAUUUGUAUGUAUUUAUUUAUAACAGAAUUAGUCUUUUAAAUAUUGAAUGUCAUAAGAAAGAAUAUGAAUUGCCAACGGCUAAAGUGAUUUCUUUAUAAAGGUUAAAGUGAAUAACAUGUCUGUACCUGAAGUGUCAUUGGACGUGGAUAUUUACCGUGGCAGAUUUCAUUAAUAGAUAAUUUUUUUGUUUUGAUUGGCUCUAUUGUAUGAAAAUAAAGGUAGCCAAUGGAGUUCCUUAAAAGUGGAUUUAAGACAGUGCUUGGAAGUACUGAACCUGGUCAUCAACCAAGUGCAGCAGAAACCGUAGAGAAAUUGGUUGAUCGCGUAGUAAGUUCAACGUUAUUAGAUGAUCGCCGGGAUGCUUGUCGGGCGUUGAAGGCGCUAUCUAGAAAAUAUCGUAUUGAAGUUGGAGCACAAGGAAUGUCAGCUUUAGUCCAGAUUCUGAAACAUGAUAGUCAAGAUUCAGAAAUAAUUAGCUAUGCAUUAGAUACUUUGUGUAAUAUAACAGCUACUGAAGAGUUCGAUGAAGAAAGUGAUAACCCAACCGUUUCAGUAAACGUUGGAGAACAAUUUACUGAAAUGUUUAUAAAAGUUCAUGAUCAUGUUACUUUAGUUAUGGGUUAUUUAGAAGAAUAUGAUUUUCGUGUACGACGUUCGGCAAUUCAACUUAUUACGUCAUUAAUAGCGAAUAAAACUCGUGAUUUACAGGAAAUUAUUCUAGUAAGUCCUAUGGGCGUAUCAAAAUUAAUGGACUUACUUUCUGACAGCCGAGAAGUGAUUCGAAAUGAUGCCUUGCUAUUACUAAUUCAGUUAACAAAAGGAAACUCAAAUAUACAAAAGAUAGUUGCAUUUGAAAACGCAUUUGAUAAAAUUUUCGAAAUUAUUCAAAACGAAGGAUGUUCGGACGGAGGCAUUGUUGUUGAAGACUGUAUAUUACUUUUAUUGAACUUGUUAAAAAAUAAUUCAAGUAAUCAACAAUUUUUCAAGGAAGGUUCCUUUAUCCAAAGGCUAUCACCAAUGUUCAUUAUCGCGCCAGAAACGGAAGAGAGCGGUUGGUCACCGCAGAAGGUUUCGAAUAUUCAUUGCAUGUUGCAAGUUGUACGUGCAUUAGUCACACCAAGUAAUCAACAACAAGUUGUAUCAUCUUGCCAGAAAGUUAUGAGUAAAUCCAAUCUCCUGGAUUCGUUAUGCUGCAUUUUAAUGGGUAGCGGAGUACCAGCGGAUAUACUAACAGAAACUAUAAAUGCAGUUGCUGAAAUUGUUCGUGGUGAGAAAGAAAACCAAGAUAAAUUAAAUAUGGUUAUGGCACCUAGUAACCCACCUCGACCAGCUAUAGUCGUACUUUUAAUGUCAAUGAUAAACGAGAAGCAGAUCUUAGCACUUAGAUGUGCUGUAUUGUAUUGUUUUCAAUGCUACCUCUUUAGGAAUGAAGAGAGCCAUAAAGCUGUGGUGCAAACAUUAUUACCAUCUUCUGAAUCUGAAGUGAGUAGUCAUUCAACUGGUCAAUUGUUAUGUGUGGGCCUCUUUUCAUCAGAUCCACUAGCUAACUGGUUUUCUGCCGUUGCUCUUAUGCAUGGACUUGUCGAUAGUGUUGCACAGAAAGGAGAACUUUUGCGCGUUCUUUUAGCCAGUCCCAGAGGAGGAAAUCCUGUUACUUUAUUGGAGCAAUGUACAAAUUUACUUCAGCAAGAUAGUUAUAAACUGCAAAGUAAAGUUGGUCUUCUGAUGUUGAUGAGCAUGUGGUUGGCACAUUGCCCCAGUGCCGUGAAAACUUUCCUCAGUACAAAUGGCACAGUGGCAUAUUUAACCGCGCAAAUUAGCGCAAACGAACAUGAUGAAAAUGAAUAUUUAAUACAAGGGUUAUGCGCGUUUCUCAUGGGGAUUUGUAUUCAGUUUAAUGAUAACACACUUCCCAAUCAUAAACGAGAUGAUAUUUGUCAAUUGGUAAUUAAACGCAUAGGUCAAGAAACCUUUUGUAAUAAACUCAGUGAAGUAUCAAGGCAUGAAGCUUAUAAUCGUGCUUGCAAACAACCUCAGAUUCGAGCAAAGUCAGCCACUGAUUUAUUAUUGGAUUAUGAAUAUUGCAAGUUAUAUAAGGGAUUGGAAGCGUUGAUAGGUAAAAUAGUAAGCGGUUUUGAUGUCGAUGGUAUAGAAUUGACGGAAUUAACGCUUAGUUCCGAAGCUUCUGCACUUGUAGCGCAAUAUAAAGGCAUUAUUCGAGAUUUGGAUGGCCAAAUAAAUGUACUGCAACAAAAUUCAAAACGACUCGAAGCAAAAAAUGAGGAAUUGGAAAAAAAACUUUCAAAAGUAGAAAAUCUGAAUACACAAUUAUCUGAUCAAAAUACAUUGUUAAAAGCUCAGUUAGGAGCUGUACAGAACGGUACUCCCACUGCAGGGGAUUCUGCAGCGGUUAACGCAUUAAAUGCAGCGCAAUUUCAGACGAAUCUAUAUUGUGCAGAAAACAUAAGAAUAACACGAGAAUAUGAAACAUUACGCAAGCAACUGGAGAGCGAAGUACAACGCGCUAACACAGCAAAUGAUGAACUACAAAAGCUUCAAAAGGAUCAAGAAGAUCUACUUGAGCUCUUAACCGAUCAAGAAAAUAAAAUCAUUCGAUAUGAGGAGCAACUGCGGUCUGCUGGUUUACCUACUGAAAACGAUUGUGAAAAUAACACAGAUGGUAUAAGCAAUCAAGAUAGCACUAAUGUGAACGUAUAGGUUCAGUUGUUGGAUAUAAAUAUGAGUAGAAAUAAAUUUAGGAAGGAAAUCAUUUUAAUACAAUUAAUAACGUAUAGUUUUAAAAGCUUAAUGUAAAUAUUGUUUAAGUAUCAUUCCUCCUUAAUACGUAUAAUAAAUAUAUAAUAUAACCGGUUUCAAAUUA